AUGGACAAUUUAGGUAAUGUUACCGUCAGGAAUAACCAGUGGCAAAGGCUCUUGAACUGGCACAGAAGAAGGAGGGUGAAUGUACAAGAAGAAGACGAGAACCGGACAGAGGGGCAAAGCAGUGCAUUGGAUAGACUCACAAAAAUUAACUGGAGAGAGUGGGUGGUGGACCCCGCAGAGCAGUUUUACUAUGUGUGGCUUCAGAUCAUAAUCUUCCCCAUUGUCUACAACUGGGUCAUCAUUAUUUUAAGGACCUGCUUCACCUCCAUUGCUCUGAACUACCUGCCUGUGUGGUUGACCCUGGACUACCUGUCAGACCUGAUGUAUGUAGCAGACAUGGUCAUCACUGUGCGCACAGGUUUCUUGGAGCAGGGGAUUCUCAUCACAGAUCCAGCCAGACUGAAAAAACGCUAUCUCAGCUCCAGGUUUUUCCUUCGAGACGUCGUAUCUUUACUCCCAACGGACUUCCUUUACUUCGCAUUCGGCAUUGAGACUCCUUUAGUGCGAAUCAACCGGCUAUUACGCACUCCACGCCUCAACGAAGCUUUGGACCGCAUGGAAACAAGAACCUCCUACCCCAACACGUUCCGAAUUUCCAAAUUAAUGAUAUAUAUUUUUGUACUUAUCCACUGGAACGCUUGCUUGUAUUUCGCCCUUUCGAACUACAUUGGAUUUGGUAGGGAUAGGUGGGUGUAUCCAAACAUCUCCAACCCAGUUUUUGCUUCAACUCGACGGCAAUAUUUCUACUGUUUUUGGUUUUCGGCGCAGAUCUUCACUACGGUUGGGGAUACUCCGCUUCCCAACAGAGAGGAGGAGUACUUGUUUAUGAUAGCAGAUCUGCUCAUUGCAGUGCUGGUGUUUGCGUCUAUUGUAGGGAAUGUUGGAAACGUCAUUUCAAGCCUCAGGGACAGGGACAAUGUCUUCUUCCCAAAUCAUGAGCUGGUGAAGGCGUACCUGCGCAGCCACCACAUCAGUAAAGAGCUGAGGCAGAGGAUUGACAACUGGUACCAGCACCUGCACAUCAACAAGAAGAUCAUGAGAGAAAACGAGAUUCUCCAGCAGCUGCCUCUGCACCUGCGUACAGAGAUCGCUGUCAGUGUGCACCUGCCGACCCUGUCAAAAGUCACCAUUUUCCAAAACUGCGAGACGAGUCUGCUAGAAGAGCUGGUGCUGAAACUAAACCCACAGGUGUUCAGUCCUGGAGAGUACGUGUGCAGAAAGGGUGACGUGGGCCAUGAGAUGUACAUCAUUAAAGAGGGCAAACUGGCCGUGGUGGCAGACGACGGAGUGACUGAGUUUGCUGUUCUGAGCGAGGGCAACUUUUUUGGAGAAAUCAGCAUCCUUAAUAUCAAAGGAAACAAAUCUGGAAACCGGAGAACCGCCAAUAUCCGCAGCAUUGGCUACUCCGACCUCUUCAGCCUGUCUAAAGAAGACCUGACAGAUGUGCUUUCAGAGUUCCCAGCAGCAAAGCGCCACCUAGAGGAGAAAGGGCGUCAAAUCCUCACCAAAAUGGGCAUGCUGGAGGAGAGUGCGGAGGGAGAGGAGGAUGAGAAAGACAAAGUGGAGACAAGAAUCAAAAGACUUCAGGAAAACUUGGAAAUACUUCAGACUAAAUUAGCGAGACUGAUGGUUGAGUUGGAGUCUAGUAAUAGAAAAAUGAGAGCAAGAGUUGAGCAGCUAGAAUGGGAAGUUGCUACACUGGCGGUCCCCGAUGAUGCAUUGGAAAUUGAGGAUGAGGAGUUAGGACAAGGCAGAGGUCAAGGGGUAGGUGGAGAGAUUGAACUGCCAAGAGAGGAAGCAGAAGGAGAAGAGGAGAUGGAUGAAAACGGGACAAAACAAGGGCAAAACCAGGAUGCCGGCGGUGAAGAAGUGGCCAAAGAGGGAGAUGGGGAGAGCACGAAAAGUACUAAAGAAAGUGGAGAGGGUGUAGGAGAAGGAGAGAUGAGAAAUACACACAUACAGACACUCUAG